AGUCUCAGCGCACAGGAGGAGCAGCAGAGCCGGGCAGAGUUUGACCCGGGACACUGUGGAGCUGACCGCGAUGAGAGCCGCCACACUCGUGCUGCUGCUGCCGCUGCUGCUGCUCCGCUGCCCGGGCGGAGCGGCGCAGCGUCCCGCCGCCGCCGUCAGGGAGUAUCACAUCGCAGCGGUGGAGAUCGGAUGGGACUAUCUCUACCUGGACGAUAAUGGCGACCCAGCGUCUGACCAAAGGAGGAGAGCCAAGGAUAUCCCUCAAAAAUAUGUCAAGGCAGUUUACAGAGAGUAUACAGAUUCCACCUACACAGCUCCCAAGCCACGGCCGCCAUGGACAGGUAUUCAAGGCCCUGUGAUCGUUGCCCAGGCUGGUGACCGGGUGGUGGUCCACUUCAAAAACCUGGCGUCUCAGCCCUACAGCAUGAGCCCUGUGGGGAUCACCUACUGGAAACAGUCAGAAGGAGUCGGGUACGAUGACUCCACAGCAGGCCAGGAGAAGGAGGAUGAUGCAGUCCCUCCUGGUGGAUACUAUGAGUACGUGUGGGACAUCAGCCCCAAAGACGGACCCACUAGCAGCGACCCAGAGUGCCUCACCUACUCCUACUCCUCCCAGGUGGACACAGUCCGAGACGUGAACUCAGGACUCAUCGGUGCCCUGCUCAUCUGCAAAACCAGUGCUUUCACAGACGAUGGCCAGAGGAGAAAUACGGCGUUCGUCCUGCUGUUUGCUGUGUUUGACGAGACCAAGAGCUGGUAUGGAGAGGUAGGAGAGAGGACGAGCAGAGAGAAGUUCAGAAAGAGCAUCGGCAGGAAGGAAUACCACACCAUCAAUGGAUAUGUCAACUCCACGUUACCCGGUUUAACAAUGUGUGAGGGCCGUAAUCAUGUGUUCUGGCAUCUGAUUGGGAUGGGCACUGCUCCAGAAAUUCACUCCAUUCAGUUUCAGGAUCACACUCUGCAGGUGUUGACCCAUCGUAAAGUCACCAUGGAGCUGACCCCUAUGUCAUUCAUCACUGCAGAAAUGAAACCUUCAACUGCAGGCCGCUUCCUUAUGAGCUGUCAGAUACAUGCUCACCGCCACGAUGGAAUGAACGCUUUUUUCAUGGUGGAGAAAUGCACUGAGCCUCUGCCGGGACCAGACGUGCGUAAUGUCAAACACAAGGACAACGGGGACAUCAGCGAAGAAUACAGUGAAGACUACAGUUACGAAGAUGCCAAUUUGUUCAACACCAUUACCCUUAAGCCUAGAAAAACACAAGUGCAAGCAAGAGCCAGUGGGGGACAGCCACGUGUAACAUGGGAGCAUUUCAUCGCCAUCGAAGAGGUUACCUGGGACUACGCCCCUCACCUCAAAGCCACAGACAGUGAGUUGCAGUCUGGAUACUUGCCUCCGACCCCCCAUCACCUGGACUACACGUAUAAAAAGGCGGUGUAUGUGGAAUACACGGAUGCAUCUUUUACUCAGAGGAAGAACCCUGACAACACACUGCUAGGUCCACUGCUGAAAGGAAAAAUCAGUGACCAAAUCCAAAUCACUCUCAGAAACCUGGCCAGUCGCCCUUUCAACAUUUACCCCAAGGGGCUUACCAAGAUCUUUCCACUGCAGAGAUCUGUGAACACUGCAGAGAAGGACUUGCGCUCCAUGGGGGUGCCCCCCAACGGGACCUUUAGCUACGUUUGGAAGUUAACAACAGAUGAUGGACCCUUGCAUGGAGACCCCAAGUGUCUGACCCAGCUGUAUCAGAGCACCGUCUCCCCAGAGAGGGACUUGGCCUCCGGGCUGGUGGGCACCCUGCUAAUCUGCAAGGACGACGCCAUCGACACCAGAGGACGUCUGGUGGGUCCAGAUAAAAAGUGGAGCCUAAUAUUUGCUGUGUUUGAUGAGAACAGAAGUUGGUACAUAGAUGAAAACAUGCAGAAGUCCAGCCAAACCUCCUCUAACACCACAGACCCUGAGUUCUACAAGUCCAAUGUCAUUUACAGUAUAAACGGCAUCAUGUUCGGCGGGCGUCAGUUUGUCGUGUCUCAAACUGAUGUCGCCUUCUGGCAUGUGGCCAGCGUGGGCACCCAGAGUGACUUCCUGUCUGUUUACUUCACUGGGAACCUCUUCCAGUACGAUGGCCUCUACCAGUCCGUCCUCACCCUCUUCCCCAUGACUGGUGUGACAGUUCCAAUGGAAACUGAGCUGAUGGGUGAGUGGGAGAUCAGUGCCUAUGACAGCAGCCUGAAGAGCCGGGGGAUGAGCAUCCAUUACACCGUUCGUCACAGCGAAGACGGAGACCUAGUCGAUCGUGAUGGCGUUGAAGAGGAUCUCUCAGACUACUUUGAUGAGCUAGAGCUGCAGCCGAGGAGCGGAAGACCAAAAAAUCGCACAGUGUUGGUUCGAGUGUGUAAUAACGACACUCAAUCAGUAAACACUUCAAGUCAAAAUGUUACUAAUGAUAAAACUGAAGGGGGUGAAGGAGAGUCUGCAUGUCAGCUGAAGAGAAUGGAAGUCGAGAACCCAGAUAUGGCGUCAGAGGAAGAAAUCCCACAUGAUAUCUUAGAGAACAUAGAGAGAGUGGGAGAGUGGACGGUUUCUCAGAACAAGAGUGGACCUGGAGAAAAUGGAGGUGGCAGGCAGAGAAGACAUGCAGAGGGCAACUGGACAGAUGGAGAUAUCAGUUCUGGAUCCUUAGAAGAUAAAGGAGCUGAGAUAGAGCUUGAAGAAGAUGCAGUAGAAAACAGAACUGACGCUGGUGUGGCAGUAGAAGCCGAGGAAAGGAGUGAAAUGUCAAGUGUGUAUAAUGAGACAAAGGGAGAGCUUGGAGAGAGCAACGAGAUCUUACUGAACAGCGGUCCACAGCUGAACGAGAAGCUCCCCGCUGCAGAGCUGAGCCAUUCAGAAGAGAUGGAUCGGAACUUAAUACCACAAAACCCCAUUCGGUCUGAACCCAAGAGGCUCACAGCAGAAGUGGAAUACAACAACACUGCUAAUAAUCACACAACAACAAUCGAGCUGUCCUAUGAUUAUGAUGACUACUCUGGCCAAGAGGUGAACGGCACAGAUUCAUUCGGCUCAGAUUACAUGGACCUGCGCUCCGGAGAGACCAAAUAUCGUCACUACUACAUUGCUGCAGAGGAGAUCAGCUGGGACUACGGCAUCAGAAAACCACACCAGCUCAUCAAACCCAGAGAGAUGCGUCGAGGGAUGAGGAAGUUCCUGCCAGAGUAUAAGAAGGUGGUGUAUCGAGCCUACAGUGAUAAAGACUUCCUACUUCCCAAAGACAGCGGAGAGGUGCAGGAACACCUGGGGAUCAUGGGACCUUUCAUCAGAGCAGAGAUUAAUGAACUCCUCACUGUGGUCUUUAAGAACAAGGCGUCCAGGCCUUAUUCCUUUCAUCUUCAGGGAGUCUAUGAUCGCAGCCAGGGGGCCGGCAUGGGCCAAACCGACGCCUCCUCUGCUCCGCCCGGGUUCCCAGGAGAGCCUGUGCCUCCUGGGGAGGCGCGGACCUAUAACUGGAGAGUAACCAAGAAACAAGGACCAACAGACAGUGAAUUUGACUGUAAGACUGGGGCUUACUACUCCACUGUGGACAAGGAAAGGGACCUUAAUUCAGGUCUGAUCGGUCCACUGGUGAUCUGUAAGCCCGGUAUCCUCCGGACCCGUCGGAACACGCAGCGAGACGUGCAGGAGUUCGCCCUUCUCUUCCAUACCUUUGAUGAAACUAAAAGCUGGUACCUGGAGGAGAACCUGCGGCUGCACUGUGCUCCGCCCUGUCAGGCCAACACUGAGGACCCCUGGUACCACACCAGCAAUAAGUUUGCAGCAAUAAAUGGAUAUGUGGCGGAGACACUUCCUGGUCUGUUGGUCGCCCAGCACCAGCUGGUCCGGUGGCACCUGCUGAAUGUAGGAAGUGAUGGAGAGUACCACGCGGUGCAGUUCCAUGGUCUGCCAUUCACUGUUCACGCUGAGAAGGAACACCGUAUGGGGGUCUACAACCUCUUCCCUGGAGUGUUUGGCACAGUGGAGAUGAGACCCCCCACCGUUGGCACGUGGCUGGUUGAGUGCACCAUCGGAGACUACCAGCUGGCCGGCAUGAGGGCUAAACUCCUGGUCUAUAAUCCACAUUGUGUCUUUCCUCUGGGGAUGAAGUCUGGAAGGAUCGAGGAUUCCCAGAUCACAGCAUCAGAUUACCAAAGUAGCUGGGAGCCGAGGCUGGCGAGGCUGGAUCAGACUGGUUAUAUCAAUGCUUGGAUAGGCAAAAGCAUGAAGUCAUGGAUACAGGUUGAUCUUCAGAGGCCCACCCUGCUGCACCGUGUGGAGACUCAGGGAGUCCGGGCCAAGCUGAGGGAAAACUACCUGACACUCUUCAACGUCUCCUACAGCCUGGACCAGGACACUUGGACCACCUACAGAGGAAACAAUACCAAGCGGAACGGAGUCUUUUUUGGCAACAUGGACAGCUCCAGGGUGAAGACCAAUUUCUUCUAUCCGCCAGUUGUGGCUCGAUAUGUAAGGAUUCAUCCUGUAAACUCUGUGCAAAAGCCUGCCCUCCGACUGGAGCUGCUGGGCUGCGAUCUCAACAGCUGCUCUCUGCCUCUCGGGCUCCAGAGGAGGCUGAUUCCUGACAAAAGCUUUAGUGCUUCCUCAACAUAUUCAUCUCUGCUGCGGAGCUGGAGCCCCAGCCUCGCCCGCCUACGGCAGGAAGGCAGUGCCAACGCCUGGAGGCCAAAGUACAACAACCCUCACGAGUGGCUGCAGGUCGACUUGGGGAAUGUGAAACGCAUCACAGGGGUCGUGACCCAAGGAGCGAGAUCACUGUUGACCCAAAUGAUGGUGACGGAGUUCUCCGUCGCCGUCAGUCACGAUGGACACUCCUGGAGCACUGUGUUAGAGGACAGCUCCCAAAGAGAAAAGAUCUUCACAGGAAACAGCGAUCCAGACGAUGAAGCUCUCACUGUUUUUGAUUCUCCUCUGUUCGGCCAGUACCUCCGCAUCCACCCGCGGGGUUGGAUCAACGACAUCGCCCUGCGUCUGGAGGUCCUGGGCUGUGACACGCAGCAGACGCCCUGACACCCCCGGGCAAACACACCAACACACCAAACAUAGCAACAUUUUAGUAGCAUAAUAUAUCCUGGUUUGAUAAGUGAAGAAUGUUAUUUUGUAUUGCAGAGCACUCCUUAAGUUAUAUCUUACAUGUAGCUGUUCAUGUAAGGGAAGCUAUUUCUCCAACUUUGUUUACAUUACUCCUUUUUCCACAACAUAUUAUUUUAAUAUAUUAUUUGAACAUUUCAUUCAGACAAAUGAUGUGAAAAAUGAAUUUGUCUUUAUUUAACAAAGAAUCAUGUUUCAUAUUGUGGAUAUUAGUCAAAAAAAAUAUUUUGAAGGUACUAUGUGGAGUUAAGUUGUAGCUAACUGGCUAACCUAAGCUUAGCUUAGCAUAGGGUAUAGUAAGCUAGUUGGCCGGUUAAUAGAAAGAAAGCAUUAUUUAUUAUACACCUUUCCUUUGUAUCGUUACAUAAAUUAUUGUUGGAUGAAAUAAAUAUUGUAGUCAUGAUACAUAAGUUAGUGUCAAGGCUCAGAUCCAUAGCUGAUGAAAUAAUUAAGCUAGCCAACGAAUGUAUCCACUGAGAUAGCACUUUUUUACAGGCUAGUUUCCCCCGUAACUUUAGCUUUAACUUUGCAACGUUAGCUGAUAAAGUGAUUUUCAAACAGCAAGCUGUUUACCAUCCAGUUUAGUCCCAGGGUCUGGAUGAAUUAGUUAAUGUUUUGCAUUUAGUCAGUUUUUUGCUACAUUAGCUAUGUAGCAAUCGUCCAUAUUAGCAACAUAGCAACAUUAGCCGGCUAAAACCACAAUAUGAAAAUAUUGAAUACUUUGCAAUAAUGUCAGCUUACUCUUCCAAUAGGAAGAAAGCCAACUAGUUAGUUUUGUUUCCCAGGUUUUAAAGCUAACCUUGGUUAGUUUACUAUACUGUUGGAGGUGUAGAGAAGCUAAAGAGAGGCAUGAUAGGAUAGUACUUUUGCCAGGGAUAAUGUUAGUGAACAAGCAGUCUAGUUUUAGCCGUAAAUUUUAGCUUUAACUUAGCUAUGUUAGCUGAUGAAGUCACUUUCAAACAGCCAGUGAUUAAUUAGUUGACGUUAUCCACUUAAGACAGGAUUUAAAAAAUCACAAUAACUAAAUAUUGCAUACUUCGCAGUGAUGUCAGCUUACUCGUCCAAUAGGAAGAAAGCCAGCUAGGGGUUAGUUUUGUUCUCCAGUUUCUAAGCUAACAUUGGUUAGUGUUGUUCACUGUUGGGGAGCUAAAGAGAGGCCAGGGAGUCCACUUGAGAGCGCCCAUAAACAUCAUCCAUUGGCUUUAAAGACACGUAACAGUCCAGUGACCCAUUGGCCAUACAGAGUGAUUAAUACCUGUAAAUUGCUUCACAUAGUACCUUUAAACAGAUCCACAGUGUUUAAAACACAGCUGAGCCACAGUAUUUGCUUUGCUUUAGCUACAGAGCAACCUUUUUGAAUGUAAGCUUGUGUAAAUAUUUCAGAUGGAUGUAUAAAGUUUGAAUGGUUGAUGUAUAUUGUUGGGAAAAGUUUGUAUUAACGUUUUUUCUUUUGUGUGUUUUUUUGCUUUAUUAGAAUUUAUAUAAAGAAUGACU